AAAAAUGAGCCAAAACAGUUCAUUCACCAGGAGGCCAUUUACUCGUUUCAAAGCUAAAAGUCCUGACAAGUACUACCUCUCAAACAAGUUCAUGCUUGACAUUAGCACAAUGAAUGUUCCGACAUCGGUUGAAAACGUAAAGAUUUCACCAGUCUCAACGAAAAGAGCUACCAAGGCAAAGUAUAAUAGCAUCGAGAAACUAAUCGAACACAAACUGAAGUUGCUUGCUAAGGAUCUCUAUCAAGAGCUUUACGAUUCCCUCUCAAAAAAUUUCAGCAAAAAGUUUAAAUGUGAUAGGUGCUUUCAAUCUAAAACCAAGUAUGUAACUCCAGAGAAGUCCACAAGGCAAGAUCAGGUCAGGAAAUCAGUCACAAAUAACAGAGAAAAGAUGAUUCCAGAUGAUGUCUUUGAUAAAUAAGUCCUUCUCUGGUUUCAAUUCUUUCAAGGCAAAAGAUGAGAUGAUUUGUAGCAAAAAGGCAAUCCAGAAGAUAUCUGUGAACAAACUUCCUUGUAAUUCUGCCAAAAAAGUCCCAAAAUCUGCCCAAAAAGCUAAAAACAGGAUUAGUAUUAACUUAGCUUCCUUGUCAUCAUGCAGAGGAGAUGUUCUUGAUGAUAAAGAUCAUGAACAGACUAACCCAUCUCUGAUGACUGAAAAUAAACCUUCAUUAUUUUCGACUAGAAUAGUUGAAAGACAAAAUUAUAAGCCACUUGACUUAUCAGAUAACGCAGCGGAUCCUCAUGAGAAGUGUCAUGAAGCACCCUGUGGCAACUUGUGACCCAAAUUGCCACCCCAAUCUCAAAGAGAGAUUAUAUUUGAGAACUCAGGAUAUCGUAAGGCUCACAAGAAAUCUGCUAUCUCUAUAUCUAGCACUCACAUUGGCCAACUUUGUUUGAAAAAUGGGCAAAAGACCUUCUCUGUAAAAAGAGACAUUCAGGACAAAUAAAUACGCCAUCGAAGCCGACUGGUGGCACCAGUGGUGCGAUUACGUAAAUCUAGAGCAUUCAGAGCAACAAGUAAUGCUAAAAUUGAUGAAGAACAUCCCACAAGUUCAGAGUUACGAAAAUUUAGCAUUUACUAAGCACCAAGGAGACGAAGAUUCCAUUGACUCUGAAAAUAUCACCUCGAUUGUAGAAGAGAUUGGACAUAUCUACAAAAACAAGAAAAAAAGUAAAAUCUCAUGAAAAUUGCCCAACAGAAGCAGAGGCGUUCCUUCAGAUUACAUUAUGCAAUUAAACACUGAAGAUCUAUAUGAAAGACCUGGUGAGAUCUGUAACCAGAAGAUAGCAGCAGUCGAUGAGAAAGGUCAACUAUGCAUCAAAAAUGAUUGCUGUGAGUCAUACGACUACGUCCUAGUGAACAUAAACACCUGGGAUUAUCUCAAGAGAUGGUACAACUACGACAUUGAGCUAGAAGUUAAAUAA